AUAUUCCAUUGUUUUCUAGGUAUACUCGUGGCAGAAGCCUUCAACAGAACUCAGUUGAUCUACAGCGCCAGCAUGAAGAAAUACUUCUACACGACUCUCUUCCUGACUUCCUUCGCUGUUGGCUUCUACCUGCUGCUUAAAGCUGUGGGUGUGGACCUGCUCUGGACCCUGGAGAAGGCUCAGAGGUGGUGUGUGAAGCCAGAGUGGGUUCACAUGGACUCCACGCCCUUCGCCAGCCUCCUGCGUAACAUGGGCACGCUGUUCGGCCUGGGCCUGGGCCUGCACUCACCCCUCUACACCGAGACCAAGAAGAGCAGCAGCAGCUCGGCGGUCAAAGCGCUGAGCGUCAUCAGCACUCUGCUCCUGCUGCACCUGUUCGACUCCUUCAAGCCUCCCACGCACACCGCAGCUCUGUUCUACCUGCUGUCCUUCUGCAAGAGUGCCACCGUGCCUCUGGUCACCGUCAGCAUCAUCCCGUACUGUGUGAAAGGAGCUCUGAGCCUGCAGAACAAAAAGGGAAUUUGAGAGAAGAACUCAGAUUGGACACACUUACAUGUGAAGGAAUCUCUUCCGGAUCAAGAAAAAAUACGUUCCUCUGGUGCUUUUGUUUUUAUAUGUCCAACUGUUCCUCAGGGAAGAGCCAAUAAGAUCAAUGUGAAUUGGUCACUUGUGUGAUUUGUACACUCUUUGUGACAUUAUGUGAAGCACUCUCCAGGAUGCUGAGUGGCACCAAUUAUGAGUUUAGCAAAAUAUGAUAAUUCAAUUUGUUGAGUCCUGGAAAAAACAGAACAAUGAACACACACGCUGCACUUGUUGUGUUUAACCUCAUCUUAAAGACAAUGGCCACCGCUCACAGCAUGGUAUUUCAACUGUAUUAGUAAUG